UGCCCUGUCCGCGCGCGCUGUAGCUUUGCUCAUUCUGCACUGGCUGUUGUCAGCACGCAGAGUCUGAACGGCAAGGCGGAACGCUGUUACUCCACAAAACCGUGUGUUGACGCGCUAGUCAUGAAACUAUCUCUUUGGAUAUCGGACAGUCCUAAAACCUCAGAUGACAAGCCUUAACCCGGAGCGAAACGGUAGGUGCAUGAAUCCUCUCUGGACUGCAUGAGCUGCGCUGUGCUAGAGCUGGACUCAAAAUAAACAGGUGGCUUUCACUUCGGAUGCUUAAACAUCUGAUUCAGGCCAGUAAAGCAAGAUAAAGACAGAGAGAGAGGGUUGAACAUCUGCUGAACACAUCAGCGGAAGGCUGUCACCAGGUGGGCUGUAUGCUGUGGCUUUGGAGAGUGAGCCAGAGGACGUCUUCAUGCCCACAGGCCUCGGCUGUCCACAGGGGGGAUGAUCUGGAGCACUGCACACAGGCCUAUCAUUAGGCCAUUGGGGCCCAUGCUAAGGAAUGGAUAGCUUUGCCACUAAAUGUUAAAGUGCAACUUCCCUUUAACUAUGGGGCACUGAGGAAGGAUUGGUAUGGAAAUCAUUUUUUUUCCUUGGAAAGAGCUCAAGCAGCAGUUGAGGCUAAGUAAAGCACAUUUUAUUUGCUUUUUAGGAUAGAUAUACUUUGACAUUUUUAUAUAAAUGUGUCUUCAUAGCAUUUAUUGUUUUUAAGUGGCUAGCAUUAUAUCACAAAACAGACUUUCAGAUUUAUGAAUAAACAAAGACCAUGGCGGCUACCUAUCGCAUAGUGGUUAGUAGCAUAAACUGUUACAACAGUGUUGUGAUUGACCGUCGUGUUCAGCACACUGUACACUACUGUAAUGGACCAUGUGGUGCACUAAAACAUGGACUGAACUGCACAGUGGCUCACCGCAGCACUUGUGCUGAACUUCUUGACACCCCCAUAUCCAGAAACUGUUCUGACCGGCCCAUCAGUAUUCUUGAGUCUAAAACGUUGGAGAAUGGCAACACUGGGUCUGGGGUCUUCUGUGACGACUACCACCAGGUCGUCCCCAGAGUCAAAAAAGGAUCUGCCAUCCAAAGCGCAGCAAGCCUCAAGGAUAUUACAGGAGAAGCCAUCAACCUGGCCAGCGGGAAAAUCAAGGAAUUUUCUUUUGAGAAGAUAAAGUACUCCACCAGUCAUGUGACUUUCAGAAAGGGCCGUAAGGUUCGGCCGGACUCCUUCAGCAGGAGAUCCACUGAUCUCGACAUCAUCUACGGCCAGUUCACAGGCAAUGAUGAGAACUGUCCUCCAUUUGGCCUCUUUCAGAAAUCUGUACUCGAAGAGCAUAAGCUAAGUCGCAGCGCAUCCCUGGAGCAGAACCUAAACAAUGUGGCCACGCUCUACCUGAACAGCCUCACCGAGGAGAACCUAAUCACCCGCAUACUUGAGAAGACCAAGGCUGACAGCAGUGCAUCAGGAGAAGACAUUAAAGCCUGUCUGGACAUUCUCCUCAAGUGUUCUGAAGAUCUGAAGAAGUGCACGGACAUCAUCAAACAGUGCAUCAAAAGAAAGUCAAUGGGUGGAAGCAGCGACGACUCUGGGAAUCCUGAAGCCAUUUAUAAAAAUGUAAUGGCUCGUCUCUCCAACUAUCUGAAGAGGCUUCCUCUUGAGCUGGAACAGGGGCAAAGUGUGAGGCAGGAGCACAGCGAGCUUGCUGAACUAGUUAACAGCAUACACGGGUUGCAACAAAUCCCCUUCUCCCCUAUCUUUGGCAAUGAGCAACCUCCGCGAUAUGAGGACGUUGUUCAGUCUCCUCCGCCCACGAAACCUCGGACUAAACCCUCCCAGCCAGAACCUCCAGAUAGCUCUAGGGAUCUUGCAGGCAACGUGAAACCCAUUCAGAGCCUCCCUGGUUUGUCAGCACGUGCACCUCCAUCAACUAAUGGAUUCCCACAUGGCAGUUUCCCUUCAGCUUCCAGUAGCGGUUCAACGCCUUUUAACUGCCAUCACACGGUCUCAACCAGCCGACCGGACACAUUCUCUUCCACAAACUCUCUCUUGUCUAGCAGUAGCGAAAGUCUCUGUAAGGAUGCAAUGGAGGCUCUGUAUAUCGAGGAGGAGGAUUCAGAUAUGGGAAGGAUGCCUGACAGGGCAGUUAAAGGCGAUGGGAAGCACAGCUGUAGUCUUUCGGAGCCCAGACCUUAUUCCAAAAGAAACACUGGCUACUCUGAGCCUAGUGGUGGUGUUUCAGAUAAACUCCAUGAGCUUAGCAGAAACGGAACUGUGUUCAAGCCUAAAAAUGACUCGACUAUCAACCAGAUGUACUUGCCAAAAAGCACAGAUUCUAGACUGUUCUCAAGGUCAAACUCACACAUUAAUAAAGGGGGAGCCGAUGACAUAGAUAAACUUUUGAUGGACCUGGAGUGUCUUUCCCAGAACAUGCAAAAGGAGCCUCCACUGCCCCCUAAACUUAAAAACUGUGCCCAGCAGACAGGUUCUUCCCAGCAUUUAAUUGGGAACACUGUAGCUAAAGAUCUACCCAUGGCAGGUUUGUCUGGACCCUCAGUGUCCAAGCCACCUGAGCCAGUGGUUGAGACUGCUGAAGAGGAUGAUGGAGCGCUGCUGCUCAGGAUUCUUGAGAGCAUUGAGAGCUUUGCUCAGGAGCUCGUGGAGAGUGGAGCUGGGAGAGGAACUCAGUCUAAGGAACGAGAGGUCAUGCGUCUUCUCCAGGACACACUGGCCAGCACUAAAGCAGAGGUGGCUCCACUUCCACUGCCUGUACCUUCAUCUGAGACUGCACCUACACCUGCACCAAUACCCUCAAGUGUACCUGCUGCCUUACAAACACCUGUUUCUACUGUGAGGGACACAGGCUCAACACUUCUCAUUCAACAGACGCCUGAAGUCAUCAGGAUCCAGCCUGAGAAGAAACCUGGAACACCUCCUCCAGUUCUUGCACCUGCACCCUCCUCGCCAACCCCACGGUCACCCAGUCCUCCGCCAGCCAAAGUGGUGGCCACGCCCCCACCCUCCUCCAUAAACAUUCCACGCUUCUACUUCCCCAAAGGUCUUCCAAACUGUGCAGCCAACUAUGACGAGGCCAUUGCCAAAAUUGAGGCAGCCUUCACAGAGUUUGAGGAGGAGAAAGCUGACAUUUAUGAAAUGGGGAAGAUAGCAAAGGCAUGCGGAUGUCCCCUCUAUUGGAAAGCACCAAUGUUCAUUUGUGCUGGCGGAGAAAGAACGGGUUUUGUUUCUGUUCACUCGUUCAUUGCAACAUGGAGAAAGUUAUUACACAGCUGCUAUGAUGAUGCAUCCAAGUUUGUUUACUUGCUGGCCAAACCAGGCUGCAAUUACCUGGAACAAGAAGAUUUCAUCCCUCUAUUACAGGACAUUGUGGACACUCAUCCGGGGCUGACGUUUUUGAAAGAUGCUCCUGAAUUCCAUUCCCGGUACAUCACAACAGUGAUUCAGAGAAUAUUUUACACAGUUAAUCGCUCCUGGACAGGCAAGAUCAACAUGACAGAGCUCAGAAGAAGCAACUUCCUCCAGACUCUCGCCCUGCUGGAAGAAGAGGACGACAUCAAUCAAAUUACAGAUUAUUUCUCUUACGAGCACUUCUAUGUCAUUUACUGUAAGUUCUGGGAGCUGGACACUGACCAUGACCUCUUUAUCGACCCCAAAGACCUGGCCAGGUACAAUGACCAUGCUUCAUCAAGCAGAAUCAUUGAGAGGCUGUUCUCAGGAGCUGUCACAAGGGGAAACUCAGUGCAGAGAGAAGGAAGAAUGAGCUACGCUGAGUUUGUUUGGUUCCUCAUUUCAGAGGAGGAUAAAAAGAACCCCACAAGUAUAGAGUAUUGGUUCCGCUGUAUGGAUAUGGAUGGAGAUGGUGUUCUGUCCAUGUUUGAACUGGAGUUUUUCUAUGAGGAGCAGUGUGAACGCAUGGAGGGAAUGGGCAUUGAACCACUGCCCUUCCAGGAUCUACUGUGCCAGAUGCUGGACUUAGUUAAACCAGAAUGCCCAGGUAAAAUUACUCUUCGAGAUCUGAAGCGCUGCAGGAUGGCACAUAUAUUCUAUGACACAUUCUUCAAUCUAGAGAAGUACCUGGACCAUGAGCAGAGAGAUCCCUUUGCAGUGCAGAAGGAUUUGGAUAGUGAUGGUCCAGAGCCCUCGGACUGGGACAAGUAUGCUGCCGAAGAGUAUGAGAUUCUUGUGGCAGAGGAGACAGCCAAUGAACAGCUACGAGAGGGAUCUUUCGACGACGAUUACGAAUCCGAUGAGCUCACGGUCUCCUCAGACAUUGGAAGUAAAAUGGAUAAGCUGGUCAUAUCUGAUUUAUCGGCAUAAGUCUCCGUUUUUGUCUACACACCAUGACAUUGAACGGAUAACCACCACGCCAUAUUUCCCUGACGUGUCAAAAAGGGAAAAACGUUUUUCUACAUUUCAUUAAGGACAUUUGUGUGUGUGUGCAUGUGUGCAAUAGAACUACAUCUAAAACCAAAAGGCUUCAGACACCCACAAAAAGGCUUUAUGUGCAAUAUGUCUUAACAUGUAAAUGUAAACUCAAUGUUUUUCACUCUCUUACUGAUAAUUACAUCCACUCCCAAACUAAACUGCCGGCUGGUUCCAUCCACCCUUCACAAAGACUUUGAUGUGAAAAGACUUUUUAGUAACUUUAGAAUGAGUUUAGAAUGUGCUUUAAUGUGAGUGAAACUAUGUAAUGCUGCCAUAUAUUUUUAAAGGGUGGGGAGGGAAAAACUAGAGAGAAUUUAUACUUGUGUGGCACGUAACUCACGGAAACUAGUCCUCUCAGACUAAAUCAGAUAUUUAAGUCAUGAGAUCAGCACAUAUCUUGUGCUAUGCUGUGUUGCACAAUAUGUUUAAGGGACGUGGCAACGGUGCAAACCUGUUGCUCCCAGUGGUCACUGAUGGUAUUGCAUGUUGUUGCUUAAAGAAAAGACUGAGAGUUGUGACUUUUUAAGUGUUUGAACUUAAUUACAGACAUAAAACCUCCUUUUACAUAUUUCCAGAUGAACUGACCAGGACAAUCCUAGACUUGAAAUUGCUUUUUAGAAAUGUCAUUUCUCAGCUAUAUGAUGUUUUUAUCUGGGGUUGAAAUGGUCACAUCUUUUUCAAGAAAUGUAAACGUAAAAUAUAUAUAAAUUCAUCAUGCUUUUCAUCCUCAGUGUACAGAGACAUUUGUCCUAUAGGAUUUUGUGUAUGUAUUUAAUUCACCUGUAAUCAUGUAAAGAGAGCUGUAACGUACUAUUUAUUCGGCGUGGACAUUGUUAACUCACAGUCCCUCUGACCCCUUGGUUGAUCACUCAAUCAAGUCACCAAAAUUCAAUCCUCAUGGAAUUUAGUGCUUAUGUACCUUCUUCUACUAUUAACUCAUGUUUCCACAUUUAAAGUCAAAAACAUAAUGUAUAACGAAAUGAAAUUGCAAAAAUAACCAUCUCAUAUUGGUCUGCCAUUAGUCGGUCAAACAGGUAGUCCCGCCCCGCACGCAUUGGGUUGAAAGCGCCACAGAGCCACAAUGUUUACAGGGAAAUCAACCUACGCUUGCUUAUAGUUCUCUACACAUUAAACUGGGAUUGGAAAAAAGUAUUUUAGUAUCCAAAAUGACACACUUCUCUUCAGAUCAGUGUUUUACAAAUGUCUCUCUGUGUGCUUGAUGGCCAAACCUCCCUCCACUCGAUCACACUCUUUGGUUUAUGUAAUUAGUGUAAUAUAUUUAUAUAUGUGAAGUGGAUUUGUUUGUUUGUUUUUGUUUGGCCAGCCAUUUUUAUGGUUUACCAGUAGCUUUUUCUUGUACUGUAGUCUAGCUCUUUUUUGACCUAGGACAUUUAUUUUAUAUAGCCACUGUAAAUGUCUUUGUAUUUUAUUCUUCCCAUGUGAUUGACUCUGCCACUGAGUGGUAGGGGACGUUUAAAUUAUGAUAUAUCUCUAACUGCCAGUGUUAUAUAAUGUGCAUUAAGCUGAGUGGACAGGGGCUUUAUGAAGGAAUUCAGUAUGAAUUUGCUGACAGGUGACAAUCAACUGGACGCGUUUCUGUGAUUAAUGACAUUCAAGUAGCACUUCUUAGAAAAAAACCCAGAGCAAUACAACUGCUGUAGUGUGUUACAUUUUUAUCAGGACUAUUAGACAUUAAAACACAAAGCUGAAACUAAACUUGACUAACGCUACAAUCCUGGUUCAUCAUUUUUAUCACUAGCACAUUGAGCGCUAUGCAAAUCUGAUCUUCUGGACAGCUAUUGGCAGCUAAAGAAGCUGUAAACAACUAAACUUAUUAGUGUGCAACUUUUUUUCUUCUUUUUAUCUUUUUUUUUUUUUUUUUUUUUGAGUUUUAUAUCUUUCCACGUGUUCUUUUUUCUUUUGGCUCUGAUAUGCCUUGCUUGUAGACGGUGAAAGACAGGACUUAAGUAGCGUGAUCUCUUAAGUGCUCUGAUGAGAUGGCUCUGGUGUUCGCAUGAAUUUUCCCUUUUUUUUUUUUCUUUUGGAAAAUUAUGAAAAUAAAUAAAAAUGUUAAUUCAU